AUGACUGCCUCCUUCUGCAACAGCCCUCGGCGGGGGAGGGAGGGUGCGCCCCUGACCCACUUUUCCCGACGCCCACUCUCCGGCCCCCGCGCCACCCGGGUGGAAGGCCGAGCCCUGAGGGGCCGAGCGAGCGGGGCGUGGGAGGCCCGCACGCUCCCCACCCCCAGCCGCGACCCGGAGGACGGGAGCGUGCGACGAGGCUCGACUCGCCCUCUCGGAGUGCCCGCGGCUGGAGAAAGCUCCCGCAGGCCCGCGGCCCGGACCUGCACGGCCCCCGCCGCCGCCUGGGCCGAGGGCGCCGCCGCCCCCAGCGGAGGGGAAGGGGACCGAGGAGGGGAAGAAGCUGUAAACAGCCCCAGCGUCCGGGCCUCGCCUCGAAGAGCCCCGCUUCCCAGGCCCCGCCGGAGCCGCGCGGGCCCCCAGCCCGCCCCGGGGCCACCCGUCCUGGCGUCCGGGAGACCGGAAGGGGGUCCGGUCGCCUCCCCGGAGGGCUCCGGCAGCUCGCGGAGCGGUCCCAGAAGCAGAGAAGGGGGAAGUCAGGACUUACCUGUCAUUACUUUCUACGCCAUCUUGGAUCCACUUGUCAACGUCCCCACAAAGCAUUAUGGUGCUCUAGGUCCUCGGUGCGCGGCGGCGGGCUCCGGCUGCCGGCUUCCCGCCCCCGGGCUGCUGGGGGUAGCCUACAGGGCUCGGAGCCCGGCAGCACUGCAGACCAGCCGGCGCUCUGACUCUCGCAUCUGCCGGCGGAAAAGUGCCUGUGUCCUGGCACGGCGCUGCUAGGCCGUCGGGCUCCAGGACCUGGGCGGACACGGUGUCCCCGAGUCAACCUACGUCAAAGCGUGUUUGGGGGGCAGGGGGAGGAGAAUAAUAAACUAAAUGCAACUUUUACCCUUG